UUUACAUUCAAAUUAUUAUGGACAUUCAAAACAUCAUGUAACAACUGGGAGGAGGAGGAUAAGCCGUAAAUCCGGAAGUGUCCAUCCCAGAUACAGCAGAAUAAGUCACUAUAAGUGCGCUUGCUUUGAUCAAAAUGCUAAAACAUGCCAGAGCAGGAAUACCAUUUGAAGUAAUGGGCCUUUUAUUAGGAGAUAUAGUAGAUGAUUAUCACAUUAGAGUGUAUGAUGUCUUUUCAAUGCCCCAAACAGCAAGCAGUGUUUCUGUGGAAUCUGUGGAUCCAAUAUUUCAAUAAAAAAUGGUUGAAUUGUUGAAUUUAACAGGAAGAAUGGAAAAUUGUAUUGGAUGGUAUCACUCUCAUCCUUCAUAUGGUUGUUGGCUAUCAAGCGUCGAUAUCAACACUCAAUAAUCAUAUGAAUAGUUAAAUAAGAAAUCGAUUGCUGUUGUUAUUGACCCAAUUCAAUCUGUCAGAGGCAAAGUAGUUAUCGAUGCAUUCAGAUUGAUUCCCCUAAUCAGCUAUGCUUAGCCAAUAAGAACCUAGAUAAACUACUUCAAAUACAGGGCACCUACAAAAACCAGGAUUAGAAGCUUUGUUAAGAGGUCUAAAUAGAUAUUAUUAUUCGAUCAACAUCAAAUUUAAAUGCAAUGA